AUGUCUAGUGGCUUGGGUCAACGACCACUCUCCGAAGUGAGUCCUAUGGCACAGCGACGCAACUCACCUAGCUGGAACCAAUCUACGAAGAUGCCUCACGGCGCCAAAUCUACCUUUGACAACUCGCCCUUGAACAAUACCAACACCCGUCAAUUUUGGAAAGGCCGAGAGUCACCAUCCCCGUUCGCGAAGGGCGCGGAAAAUCGCGCGCCAUAUGACCCCGAUUCUGUUUAUGUGCCUUCCAAGCGUCCCUCUCUCGAAGACCUGAAGCGCGCUUCGCGUGUCAAGAAUAACAGCAUGUUCCAAAGCGGACAAGAAUACGACCCUACCCAAGUCUCCCUUCCUCACAGGCCACUGGCGGCUCAUCGCACUUCAGAUCACGAUAGUGCAAAGUCACAAGUUAAAGAAGAGAUUACCAUGGACCCACCACCACGGCCAAUGUCGCCGAGUAAAGAUCAACCAUCUCCCAGCAAAUCUUCGUUGUCAAAGGGAACCCGCUAUGGCAAAGGCUUCGACCCGCAACAUGAUAUUUGGUCAGAGUAUGACAGCGCUGGACAGCGUCUUUCUAAGAGUGUCAAGUUCGAUGUUGCGCCGCCACAGGUCAAUGAAUACGAGAUGCGCACCCCAGACCUUGCUUCCGUCGCGUCAGAUUCCCGAGAGAACAGCUAUGACUCGGAAGAGGAGGGAGACGUCAGCUUUGACCACGAUACCUCAUUUGAGCGUGAUGAUAGUUUUGAUGCUUCUCUUGAGGAUAUUGAGAAGACGCCCGUGGUUCUACCCGACGAUUGGAGAUUCAUGACACCCGAUAGCGUCCAUGAAGAGGGAGAGUCAUUUGCUGAGUCUAUCGAAGACGAGGAGACUCCGAGCGAAGAAAUUCCACCCAAGGCUAAUACAAGCUCGACCCACACGAGAGUCGAAUCGCUCGACUCUAAUGGAGAGCGUCGCCCACUCCCCCCACUUCCAUCACUCUCGCGACUGUCUCUUUCUGGUGCCACAUCACCAGGAAGUGGUGCUGGGGCAUUUGAGCUUGGUAGCACAGGUCACCGAUCUUUGCCUGCGGCGGCUUCCUACAGCAAGGCUGACAUUGGUGGUGACAUGACCUUGGAGGAGCGCCUGAAACUGAUGAUGUUCGAUGAGAAGGAGGUGGACGAGAAGGAGUCUAGCGACGAGACUGCCAUCAUCGAGAAGGCCCGUGUCGAAGUUCAUCGAGCUAGCGAAGAGAAUAUUGAGAGCGAGGAGGGAAAUGCGGCCGAAAACACCAAUGGAGACUUGUUCUCGCCUCCGCGCAUCUCUCGCGACUCCAUUUUGAGAGACUUGCGCAAGGGAGACGCCUUUGAACAUGACGAUUUCUCUGACGAGGAGUCUCAGCUGCCGUCCAGUCCUCACUCCUACCAACAUUACGACCCGGAUGUUCCCAUUCCCUCUCUUGAGGACGACGACGAUGACGAUGAUUCCUCCAGCGUGAUUGUCAAAGAAGAGGCUCGAGAUGACUCACUCUAUGCAAUCACCGACUACUACCAGCAUCUUUCGAAUAGCAGUCUUUCAUCUCGAGACCAACGGGCGACAUAUGACGAUGAAAGUAACUACUCGCUUAGAUCUGCCGCUGAAGCUGCUGGAUUGAAGGCCGAGCCGGAGGAGACCAGAGAAGCGACCCCAACCAUCCAAAACACAGCCGAUGAUGUUGUUGGCGAGGUCAAAAUGGAACGGGAGGCAUCCGAGCCGAUUGAGAAUAUUCCAAUGGACGCUUCGUCAAGCGGCCACGGUUACUCGGGUGAUCGUCCUGUCACCCCCGACAUCAAAGAAGAGCCGGUCUCUGAGCCUUCUUCGCCUGAAUCUGUCAUUCGCCACGCUCUGGAUGUCAAUGAGAACGCUGAAGAAUCGGUUGAAGACGAAAAACUUGAGGAGGAAGCCGGUAGUUCUUCGGACGAGGCUAUUCCGGAACCCGUUGCGACUAUUCGCGCCCCUGGUGCUGGCUUGAAGGCUCGGCCAUCAUUGACACCUGCCGAUGUAGAGUCCAUGGCAGCGACUCGCCGCAAGAUCAGUGGACAGUACCCGCCCACUGUACCUUCCUUUGCGAAGCAGGCCUCAGAUGAAUCCGAGCAAUCCGAUCAGGAGGAGGACAAGCCAACUGAGCUCCCUCCCAAACUGGAGCUACCCCCGAGUCUCACUCAACGGCAAACCAGCCUGGUGAAGCUCGACAUCCCUUUCAGCAUCCAGGAAGAAAGCCUUGGUCUAGGCCUCAGCAAGGAAUUUGACCGUGUCAUCGAGUCCCAAAAGGUUGCGUUCGAAAUCGCCCUUUCCGAAAGCCAUGCCCGCCUUUUACCGGUUCCCAAGGCUCAAGCCCAGCCGGUCCCAAACUCCCCUACUCAUAUCCACGGGCAUGCUCUUACUCAGUCAUUCACUAACGAUUUCUACCCCAAGCAGAGAGGUUAUCUGAUGAGACAGAACACGAAGGUCGUGAUUGCCAGCAACCGAAAUGAUGACGAGCCAAUGACCCCAACCGAUCAAAUUCAAUUCGACACUCGUGGCACCCGUUCUGCUGGAUCUUCCCCACGAAAAGCCAGCCAACAGACAUGGACGACUGUGCCUUGGAAUGGUCAACCACGACGACCCAGUGUUAAACUGGCAGGCAGCAUCCCAAAGAAGAAGCCUGUGCCUGGCGCCGUCCCUCCCCUUCCUGGUCAACCAAGCAACGUCCAGGAGCCUCCUGCGACUAUCGAUGAGAAUGAGCAGCUGAUCACUGACGCAUACGAGGAGGGAGAAGAGCGCGGCCGACUGUUUGUCAAGGUCGUUGGCAUCAAGUAUCUCGAUCUGCCUAUGCCUCGCGGUGAACGUUCUUACUUUGCUUUGACUUUGGACAACGGUCUUCAUUGCGUGACAACCUCUUGGCUCGAACUAGGCAAAUCUGCCCCAAUUGGCCAAGAGUUUGAACUAAUUGUGCAAAAUGACCUCGAAUUCCAGCUGACCCUGCAAAUGAAGGUUGAUGAGAGCAAGUUCUAUCCUCAGGAGGCUCCCGAAACUCCUCGCCAGAAGACAUCGGCUCUUAGCCGGGUCUUUGCCUCUCCCCGCCGUCGCAAGGAGAUUGACCUGAAGCAACAGCUGCAGACGCAGCAGCAAAAAGCAAACAACGUCAAUGCCCCCGUUUACGAACGGCUAAGAAACCUUGUCUCCCGAGAUGGUAGCUUCGGUCGUGCUUAUGUUGCAUUGAGCGAUCACGAGAAGAUGGCCUUUGGCCGUCCGUACACUGUCGAUAUUGCAUGCUUCAACGAGUGGGCAGUUGAUGAGCAACCGAGCAGUGUCAAGAGUAAGAAGAGCGCUACCAGUGUUGCGGCCCAGCGACGACCUCCGUACAAGAUCGGCAAGCUCGAAUUGCAGUUGCUCUUCGUGCCCAAGCCCAAGGGCAGCAAGGACGAAGACAUGCCGAAAAGCAUGAAUGCUUGCAUCCGCGAGAUGAAAGAUGCAGAAAGUAUGGCGGCGCGUUCCUGGGAGGGCUUCCUCUCACAGCAAGGCGGCGAUUGUCCGUUCUGGCGCCGUCGUUUCUUCAAGCUACAGGGCUCCAAACUCACAGCAUACCAUGAGACUACCCGCCAGCCCCGAGCCACUAUCAACUUGGCGAAGGCGGCCAAACUCAUAGACGAUCGUCCUUCUUUGACCCAAAAGGAGACCAGCACUAGGGGUGGUGGUCGUCGCAAGUCUGCAUUCGCAGAGGAAGAAGAAGGCUACAUGUUUGUCGAGGAAGGUUUCCGCAUCCGCUUUUCCAACGGCGAAGUCAUCGACUUUUACGCCGAUUCGCCCACGGACAAGGAAGGCUGGUUGCGAGUGUUGUCCGAGGCAGUUGGCAAGGGCUCUUCAACUGGUGGCGGUGCCCUCAAGCCUUGGGCUGAGAUGGUGCUCAAGCAUGAGAGCAAUAUGAAGGCUCGACGCAAGACAGCCGAUCGUCUUCCUCCUAGCGGAAUUCCUGUUCCACAGUUCUCCGCUACCGGGAAACGUACAAGCAUGAUGGGAGCACCACCACCACCUGCUUCUGCUGGGUCUGGGGCGCAGGCGCCUCAGCCUCAGCCUCAGUCUCCUAGACCUCGACACAAGCACACCUUUUCGCAACCUGAGCUCCCCAGCGCUGAGGCUCGUCGCCAGAAGACCCGGUCUCUUCUUUUCUGA